GUCCGGGGCUGAAUGGGCGCGAGCGCGGCGCCGGGGGCGGGCUGGGGCGCGGGGCCGGUGGCUGGCGGCUAGCCAGCGCUCCCUCCCUAGCAUGCGAACGGAGGCGGCGGGCGGCGCGGAGCGGCGGCCUCAGAAGCCGCGAAGCCAAGCAGCGGCACCUGCCUGCCGAGCAAUGCCAAGUGAGUUCACCUCUGUAAAGCUGAGAAGCGAUUGCACAAGGACCUCCCUGCAAUGGUACACCCGAACCCAGAACAAGAUGAGAAGACCCAGCUUGUUACUAAAAGACAUUCUCAAGUGUACAUUGGUUGUGUUUGGAGUGUGGCUCCUGUACAUCCUCAUGUUAAAUUACACCGUUGAAGAAUGUGACAUGAAAAGAAUGCAUUAUGUGGACCCUGACCGCAUAAAGAGAGCUCAGAGAUACGCUCAGCAAGUCUUACAGAACGAGUGCCGGCCCAGGUUCGCGAAGAAAGCCAUGGCCCGGUUAUUUGAGCACAGAUACAGCGUGAACUUGGAGCCUUUUGUGCAGAAGGUACCCGGGGCCAGUGAAGCCGAGCUCAAGUAUGACCCUCCUUUUGGAUUCCGCAAGUUCUCCAGUAAAGUCCAGAGCCUCUUGGAUUUGCUGCCUGAGCAUGACUUUCCUGAACACUUGAGAGCCAAACACUGCCAGCGCUGCGUGGUGAUCGGGAACGGGGGCAUCCUACAUGGGCUGGAGCUGGGCCACGCCCUCAACCAGUUCGACGUGGUAAUAAGGUUAAACAGUGCACCAGUUGAAGGUUAUUCUGAACAUGUUGGAAAUAAAACUACCAUAAGGAUGACUUACCCAGAGGGUGCGCCACUGUCGGAUGUGGAAUACUACGCCAAUGACUUGUUUGUUACCGUGUUAUUUAAGAGUGUUGAUUUUAAGUGGCUUCAAGCAAUGGUAAAAAAUGAAACCCUGCCAUUUUGGGUUCGGUUCUUCUUCUGGAAGCAGGUGGCAGAAAAAGUCCCACUCCAGGCAAAACACUUCAGGAUUUUGAACCCACUUAUCAUCAAAGAAACUGCCUUUGACAUCCUUCAGUACUCAGAGCCUCAGUUGAGAUUCUGGGGCCAAGAUAAGAACAUUCCCACGAUGGGCGCCAUUGCUAUUGUCUUAGCCACACAUCUGUGUGAUGAAGUCAGCUUGGCAGGCUUUGGAUAUGACCUCAGUCGGCCCAGGACCCCUCUGCAUUACUUCAACAGUCAGUGCAUGGGUGCCAUGUACUCGCAAGCCAUGCACAAUGUGGCCACAGAGACGGAGUUCCUCCUGAAGUUGAUCAAGGAGGGCGUGGUGAAGGACCUCAGUGGGGGCAUCCACUGUGAAUUUUGAGCACAACAAACCUCAGUUAGAAAUGCAGAGGACUGUGGUGAACAACCCCCACUUGCAUUUCAGCCUGCAACUGCUUUGAUGUGCAGCUGCUGUUUUUAAACUUUUAGUUAAAAAAGAAAAACAAAACAAA